AUGUCUACCGCAUCAACGGUACCGCUAUCAGCGUUUUCUGCUUGUGAAGUAUCAGACGCUCUCAUCAAACUAGGAUCUCCAAACGGAGGACACAUCCCAGACGUCCAUAUACACUCCCCGUCUUCCCAAGUCAAGAUCUGCGCACCCGCAUACACAGUUCAAAUGGUCCUAGCAUCAGACAAAUCAGCCCCAAAACUAUCCUCCCAUUUCGUAGACACCGCAACCCCAGGUUCUGUCAUCGUCAUCGACGCCCCGCCUCAAGCAAAGAAUGCUGUUUGGGGUGGUCUGAUGACUGCUGGCGCACAAGCUAGGGGAGCUGUUGGCGUUGUCAUCUCUGGACGAUGCAGAGACCUCGCUGAGCAUCGCGCAGCGGAUUUCCCGGUGUUUGCUCGUGGACAUUCGACGGUUGGGCAGUCCCCUUUCGUACGCCCAUCUGCUGUCAAUGUUACUCUCAAUAUUCGUCCCAAAGACGUGGGUGAAGGUCCAGACGCGUUUGCAUCUGUUGCUGUGAUACCGGGGGAUUGGAUUGUUGCAGACGAAGAUGGUGUUGUGUGCGUGCCAGUGGGUAUGGUAGACAAGGUCGUGGAGCUUGCUAAGAAGGGGCAGGAGGUUGAUGCUAGGUGUAUGGCUGAUAUCAAAGCUGGCAAGGGUGUCCAGGCGUCUUUCAAGGAGCACAGGGGCAAGUAG